AUGGCUCACCAAGUCCCUUUGGAAAAACCCAUCAACCAAAAAACUCCAUCUCUUCCAACCCUACAAGAACCCGAGGAAAUCUCCAAGUCUAACAUCAAUUGCAUGGAGCAAGGCAGCACAUCACCAAAGAGGCAUGAAAAUGAUGGGUCAAGCAGUGAAGAAAUUGCAGUUUUGGAAGGCCAGGCUUCUGCUGCUGGGGAUGUUGUUGUUGUAGAUCACGAACCAAGUAAUGUGGCUGAUGAAGACAGUGGACGUGAGAGGUUGAAAAGGCAUAGGGUUGAGGUGGCUGGCCAGGCUUGGAUACCUGAUAUAUGGGGGCAGGAGGAGUUGCUUCAAGAUUGGAUUGAUUGUUCUGCUUUUGAUGCUUCUUUGUUCCCAAGUGGGAUUAUGUCUGCUCGUUCUGCUUUGAUUGAGGAGGGGAGGAGACAAAACUCAGCCAGAAUAAGAAUAGAAAACAGGUGUUGA